AUGUGUGUAUAUGUGUAUGCUCGUCCGAGUCCAGUGCAGUUGUCCCAGCCCUGUCUCCGACAGCCCUUCGUUAUAACGGCAGCUUUUAUCGGUUUGGAGUCUGAUGCUGUGGCACAUCCUGUAGAGCUCCUCAACCUACUGCAGCCUCAGGGCAUGUCACCACAUCACCUGUCCCUGAAGGUGGCCAUGCCCAUCAUGCUCAUGCAUAACCUCAACCCAUUAUACGGACUUGCUAAUGGCACCAGGUUCAUCAUCAAAGCAGUCCUGCGCCAUGCCAUCCAGGCUGAGGUCAUCACAGGCACCCACAUUGGCAGACAGGUUCUCAUCCUCAGGAUCCCCAUCAUGCUUUCAGACAAUCAGCUUCCCUUCACCCAAUUCCUCAUCAAGCCCGCCUUUGCCAUAACUAUCAAUAAGUCCCAGGGCCAGGCCUUGGACAAGCUCAGAAUCUUCUUGCCAUGGCCGGUGUUCUCCCAUGGGCAGCUGUACGUCGCUGAGUCGAGGGUUGGAGAGCAGGAAGGAGUCAAGCUGUUGGUGGUCAAGAAGGAGGGCACCCCGACAAGCAUCAUAGACAAUGCAGUGUACACAGAUUCCUCAGAACUGAGUUUGAUAACUACAUCAACCAAUGGCCAUUAGAUUAUAUAAUUCCUCAAAUAAACACUGUAUUUAAACACCAUUAUCUCAAGUUGCUUCCUAAAUGUAUGUGCCACCGCUAUUGUGCUCUUUGUAAGUUUCAGCCCCAGCUCUGUCAGCACAGCCCUGAUGAAAAGGGACUAGGGCAACCGAUCGCACCUUUUACAAUAUAAUCGUAUAAUCCAUACACGUGCACGGGUGCACAAACCAGUAAUCCUAAAUUCCUUUUCAGUACAGUUGCCAAACUUACACAGAAUCAUAGCUCUGAGCCAUCUAUUCCCUUAGCCUUCUACAGCAUCUACUUUAUGGGAUUCUUCACGAAUAAAUUGAUUCUAUUAGAAGCAAAAUCUUUAGCAUCCUCCCUAAUGCAAUUUCAUCUUCCUCAGUAAGUGAGGCAGCAUCAGAGGUGACUGUAGAACCUCAUCUGUGUUUGAACCGUUUUGAUCCAGUUGAGCUUUCAGAGUUAUCAAAAAUAUGAACUUCAUCUAAACCUUCAAUUUGCAUUUUAGAUCCAAUCCCAAC